AUGGAUCGGAGUUGGAUAAAUUUGAUAAGCACAACAAAUGAAUAUGAGAAUGGAGUAGAACAAUUUCUUGAAUUUGUAAAGAUGAAUGUUCCAGACAAUAGUGGAAGAUUCUAUUGUCCAUGUGUUAAUUGUUUGAAUGAGCGAAAACUACCAGCUGAAGUUAUUCGAGAGCAUGUUCUAUGUGCUGGAUUCCUAAAGAGCUACACAAUGUGGACAUGGCAUGGUGAAUUAAUAGACAUGCCAAGUGUAAGUGACUCUCAUGUAGAAGCAGAACAAGUUGAUUUAGAGAUGGGUGAUCGAUUAGAGGACAUGAUACUUGAUGUCAGACCUGAUUCCUUCCAACAUGCUCAUCUAUAUGACAACUUGUGUACUGAUGCAGAAAAAUCUUUAUAUCCAGAAUGCACUAACCAACAAUUGUCAGUUGUGUUAAAAUUCUUCAAUGUGAAGGCAAGAAAUAGGUGGACUGAUAAAAGCUUCACAGAGUUGCUUGAGUUGUUGAGUGAUAUGCUUCUAGAAGGUAACACAUUGCCAACACGUAAUUAUGAUGCGAAGAAGAUAUUGUGUCCCAUGGGUAUGGAGUAUAAAAAAAUUCAUGCAUGCCCAAACGAUUGUAUAUUGUACAAGAGCGAGUUUGCCAAGUUACACCAAUGUCCACAAUGUGGAGUAUCACGAUACAAACAAAAAGAGGGUGAGUCUGAAUGUGACAGUAAGAGUCCUCCUACAAAAGUCUUAUGGUAUCUUCCUAUUGUUCCACGGUUGAAAUGCUUAUUCAGUAACCCAAACGAUGCAAAACUCAUGAGAUGGCAUGCAGAUGGACGUAUAAGAGACAGAAAUUUAAGGCAUCCAGUAGAUGCAAUACAGUGGAAGCAUAUUGAUUCCAUGUUCCCUAAUUUCUGUAAAGAUUCAAGGAACAUUAGGUUUGGACUUGCUACAUAUGGAAUGAAUCCAUAUGGCAACUUGAGCAGUAAACAUAGCUCGUGGCCUGUGAUGUUAGUGAUUUACAAUUUACCUUCGUGGUUGUGCAUGAAACACAAAUAUGUGAUGUUAUUCUUGAUGAUCUCGGGUUCAAGACAACCAGGAAACAAUAUUGAUGUUUAUUUAGCCCCAUUAGUUGAAGAUUUGAAAAUGUUAUGGGAGGAAGGUGUUGAUAUGUUUGAGUUGGGAAUAAAGGCGAAGAGGUCCAAAAGUACCUCUUAG